CGGGGUAUCCAGGAGUUGCCGGGCAGGGAAUAACAGGACUGAGGGCAGAGCUGUACUGUGAGAUGGGGCCCUGAGCUCCGCUAUGGACAAGAAAGAAGGAGAGGAUGAUUGGGAGGACUCGGGAGCAGAAACAGGGGGGUGAACUGUCGGUAGAAGACAUCCAAGACCCAUUCCUUGUAAGCAUCCACAUCAUCGCUGACCCUGGAGAAUCCAAGUGUCUUCAAGAAGCAAUUGAUCGACUCUUAGUCUGGAUUCACCCCGAUCUGCAGCUAUUCUGUGUUUCAGAGAGAAGGGUAUUAAAGAAAAAGAAGCCCUCCAAGAGCUUUGCCUCCCAUCCAGCCCUUGCCAUUAUACUCUUUCUGCAGGAGGACUAUGGGGAAGAGCAGAUCCUACACCUACACAAGUGCUUUCAGAAACCACCAUGGCAGUUCCACCAUACUGAGCGUGUCCAUGGAAAGUUCCUUCCCUACAUGCCUUGCAACCAGGACUUCUUCACCCUGGCAAACGGCACCCCGCUGUGGGCCAUCAGACAGGUGCACUAUGGGAAGGAAAUAAUCCGCUUUACCAUCUACUGCAGUUACGAGAACUUUGCCGACAUGAUGAAAAUGUAUGAGCUGAUCAUAAAGAAAAGAGUGUGGAGGAAAAAAACUGAUUUUUGCGUCUUUCCAGUUUAUUCAAAUAUGGAUUUUGACAUUGAGUUUUCCCUGAAAAGACUUGUGAAAGGACAAAAGCCGGUGCCCUUGGAAUCCUCGCUGCUUGAAUUCCGAGUCAGAGACUUUGGCCAGCUGAUCCCUCUUUUGCCCAACCAGUGUAGCCCCAUCAGUGAAGGCCGAUGGAAGACGGAAGAUCAUGACGGAAAUAAAAUACUAUUACAGCAAGCGCAGUGUCUGGCCAGAAAGACGGCCUGGAAGCAUCAGAACUACGCAUCAAGGACCGCAGCAAUGACCCAGCCACUCAGCAUCGCUCCACGCAGCCGGAAACUAAAAUAUGGCAAACACAAAGCCCGUGCCAGCCAUGGCCAGGUUCAGCACUUUGGUGGCUCUCAGACUGACUUCCCUAUGGGGCAGGUGGACACGUUCAGAAGUUUAAAGUUUCCCAGUGAAGCCGCGCAGGCCUUUCAGCGCAGCAAGUCUCUAUAUUGUCUGCCCACCAUGAGCACUUUCCCAUCCUGCCAUUCUUUCCCAAUGAGUGAGCCACAUCCCUGUUUCGGGCUGGACACGUAUGAAACACCAGCAUGGAGGAUCAGCCCCAAGAUCAACAUUGAUGACCUUGAAGGGGUUGAGGAGACGGAUGUGGACACGGGGAUGAAGCUCUCCAGUUCAGAUCUGUCAGUGGUGUCUGCUUAUUCCCCUCUGAAUGGCCCCUGCAGUGACUUAGAAGCCUCUCUCCCUUCUGAGGGAGCUCUGGCCCAGAGCGAUACAGUACCCGGCAGGCAGAACCACUCUUCUGAUUCAUUACAUUCCGUAUCUGACAUCUCCUCCAGCCCCUGCCCUGUAUUCCCCAGUACUCCAGCACAGUCCCAGAAGCAUAUCCUCAGCCAUUACCAUCAGUUGUCAGAAAUCACAAGCCAUCUCUCAGAGACUCUGAACAUUGAAGAAGAAGAGUUUUACAUCUGAGCCUGAUAUUCCAAGAACAUUACUAUAAAUACUCACUUCUUUGUGGCAGAUUCUAAGGUUGAUUGAUAGCAAAAGCAUAAAUCCAUAGCCCUGUCCUUGAGCGCCAUUGCCUGUGGUACUAACCUGCACAGAUAGAAGUCUCACAAGCAAUAUAAGCACAAUACCAGCCUUGUACAUUCCCACACUGCAUUUAUAACCUGGCUUAUUGUGCUGUCACAGGGCCUUGCAUUGCUCACAGACAGCGCAGCUGACAUUCGUGCGGUUACUUGAAAACAUGAAAAAUGUAGUAUAUCUGUAAUUCUGUAAAUUAUUUAGAGUUUCCUUAGAACCCAGGGAGGUCUUUGGCUGCUGGUUGUAGUUCAGCCACAGAAGUAGGUUGGGGCAUCUCUCCUAUAAAAUAAGCUGCUAAUGAGAAUCGAAUAAUGCCGGAUGGGUGCCCUAGCGCACACAACGAUGGUGCCUUAUAAUAUGUUUGUAAUCUGGCAGACUAAUCCGAGGCAAAUAAUAAUAAAAAUAAUAUAGCUGCUUCAUUGUUGUCUGGAGCAUUUUUAUAUUAACCCAUUUGAUGUCCGCACCAAUGGCAGUGCACUUUUUGGCAGUGGAAGGGUUUAAGACACUGUUAGCUUUGGGCUAGAUAAAAUAUAAAGUGUGUCGGUGCUAUAGUUAUAGCAGCCCUCUCAUUAUUACAGGUACUGUGUAUAUACUACAGAAUGCCUGGAAACUGCCUGCUGCCACACGGAGCAGAUUCUCAGCCUGCAUAUGUGCCGGCCAAGACUCAUCCCCUAAUCAAAAUGCAUACUUGUGAGUUUCUGCACCAAAAUUCGCUCCAUGUACCUGCACAGGAGGCACAGGAAAAAGCCUGACGCCAGCGUAGGGGCUAAUUCUUGAUCUGCAUUUAUCUGUAGGCAGAGAGUCUGCCCUGUGUGGCAUUAGCCUAAGGGCAGUGGCCCACGGGGAAAUUAUGCACACACUGUUGAUCUUGGCUACAGUGAAUGACUAAUCUCAGCGAAAUGCCAUUGCACCGGUAGUGAAUUGCUGGUGAAAAGCAAUAUUUGUCGCUUCUUUUACUGAAGUCAUGCAGUGUUUCCUGCAGGAGGUAUUUCAGGGAGAUUAACUAAUGUUAUGUUGUAUCAAGGAACAUCAUUAACAUAUACAGGUAUAGGACCCAUUAUCCAGGACCUAGGGUAUUCUGGAUAAGGUGUCUUUUGGCUCUCCAUACAUUAAAUCUACUAAAAAAUCCAUAAAACAUUAAAUAAACCCAAUAUGAUUGUUUUGCAUCCAAUAAAGAUUAAUUCAGUGUAAA